UUCAAAACAAAACACGUAUUCCACUGAGUUGGCGAUUUGAAUUGAAUUUCCACGAAAAAUCUACAUUCCUUCGACGCCGGCUUGGGCUAAUUAUGAGAAAAUAGUGACUGCCACACUCGAAAAUGGAUCUUUUGGAGUUUCUGCAAUUUGCCUUUAUUUUUGGUUCCUUAUUUUUAGUUUUUGUCUUUAUCACAUUGGUGAUUAUUUUGAGACUGGUUUCCGUUCCGUAUCCCAUCAUCAAAAGACACGAAGAGGAAAAGUACUUUACUGAUCCCGUAACUGGCACAAAAGAGCCUUUCGCGAAAAUCGAAGAUGAGCCCACCGUUGAUCUGAGUGUCAUUGUUCCAGCUUAUGACGAGGAAAAAAGAUUGCCAGUCAUGCUGGUUGAAUGUCUCGAAUUUCUCGAAGACAGAUGCAAAAAAGACACGUCCUUCAAAUACGAGAUAAUUAUCGUGAGUGACGGCAGCAAAGACAAAACUGUCGAAGUUGGCUUGAAAUACAGCAAAACUUACGGGACACAAAAAGUUCGCGUCUUGAAUCUCAUCGAAAAUCGCGGAAAAGGCGGCGCAGUUCGUCUUGGAAUUUUAAGUUCGCGUGGCAAGUACUUACUUUUCGCCGAUGCUGAUGGCGCUACAAAAUUCGCUGAUUAUACGAAACUCGAGGCCAGCAUGAAGGAACUCGUACCUGAUUGGCGGAACGAUGCUGUCGUAAUUGGAUCUCGGGCGCAUUUAGAGGAAGAAGCAAUUGCGACACGAAGUUUCUUUCGGACAAUUUUAAUGCAUGGAUUUCACUUGUUGGUAUGGAUUUUUGCCGUGCGGAAGGUCCGGGAUACACAAUGCGGGUUUAAAUUGCUGACACGGACCGCGGCACGAUCAAUUUUCUACAUUAUGCAUGUCGAGAGAUGGGCUUUUGACGUGGAAAUGUUGCAUAUUGCGCAAACUUAUAGAAUGCCGUUGGAAGAAGUCGCCGUGAGAUGGACCGAAAUUGAUGGUUCGAAAGUUACGCCGUUUUGGUCGUGGCUUCAAAUGGGCAGAGAUUUGAUUCUGAUAUGGCUCAAAUAUACCACGGGCGCGUGGAAAAUAGAACUGCCAAAGAAUGAGUAGAAAAAAUGCAAGAAGAAUUGAGAACAUACAUGCCUAAAUAGUAGAUUUUUCUAUUUUUUUUAGUAUUUAGCUUAGCACAUUUACACAAUUAGGUCGCUCCAAAUUUAUUUUUAUAAAGUUUGUCCCAGUAAAAAGUUCAAAAAUCCCAUUAAAAAGUUUAAAAAUGGGCUAAAAUAAAAAAGAAAAUGUUAAAAAUUUCAUCAAAAAUUAUUAUUUUUUUGUCGAAUUUUUCAAGAUUUUUUUAAAAUUAAAUUUUA